UGGGGCGCGGGGCGGAGCCGACGGCGCAUUCCUGGGCCCGGGCCGCGCCGAGGCAAGCGGCGGCGGCGGCGGUAGCAGCCGGGCCUGCCAGCGCCCCGGGCCCGCCCCAGCAGCGCCUGCCCCUCCCCGCCCAGCCCAGCCCAGCUCUGCUGCGAGCCGCCGCCGCGGCCGCGGGCCCCAGCACGCCGGGGCCAUGACGGUGGAGCAGAACGUGCUGCAGCAGAGCGGCGGCGCCAAGCACCAGCAGACCUUUCUGAAUCAGCUGAGGGAGAUCACUGGUAUCAAUGACAUCCAAGUACUGCAGCAAGCUUUAAAGGAUAGCAAUGGCAAUUUGGAAUUAGCAGUGGCUUUCCUUACUGCGAAGAAUGCCAAGGUUCCUCAGCAGGAGGAGGCAACGUACUAUCAAACAGCACUUCCUGGGAAUGACAGAUAUAUCAGUGUGGGCAGCCAGGCAGACACAAAUGUGAUUGAUCUCACUGGAGAUGAUAAAGAUGAUCUUCAGAGGGCAAUUGCCUUGAGUUUGGAGGAGUCAAACAGGGCAUUCAGGGAGACUGGAAUAACAGAUGAGGAACAAGCCAUUAGCAGAGUCCUAGAAGCCAGCAUAGCAGAAAAUAAAGCAAGUUUGAAGAGGACACAUCCAGAAGUGUGGAGUGAUUCUCCAAAUCCAUAUGAUCGAAAGCGGCUAGAAAACUGUCCGGUUGGGUUAAAGAAUGUUGGCAACACAUGCUGGUUUAGUGCAGUUAUACAGUCAUUAUUUAACCUCCUGGAGUUUCGAAGGCUAGUUUUGAAUUACAGUCCUCCUGCAAAUGCUCAAGAUUUGCCUCGAAACCAAAAGGAACAUCGGAAUUUGCCUUUCAUGCGUGAGCUGAGGUAUCUAUUUGCACUUCUUGUUGGCUCAAAGAGAAAGUAUGUUGAUCCAUCCAGAGCAGUUGAAAUUCUUAAAGAUGCUUUCAAAUCGAAUGACUCUCAACAGCAAGAUGUUAGUGAGUUCACGCACAAGCUGUUAGAUUGGUUAGAAGAUGCCUUCCAAAUUAAAGCUGAAGAGGAGAGGGAUGGAGAAAAGCCAAAGAACCCAAUGGUAGAGUUGUUCUAUGGACGAUUUCUAGCAGUGGGUGUGCUUGAAGGUAAGAAAUUUGAAAACACAGAAAUGUUUGGCCAGUACCCACUCCAGGUUAAUGGCUUUAAAGAUCUGCAUGAGUGCCUAGAAGCUGCCAUGAUUGAAGGAGAAAUUGAAUCUUUACAUUCAGAAAACUCUGCAAAAUCUGGUCAGGAGCACUGGUUUACUGAACUUCCUCCUGUCUUAACUUUUGAGCUCUCAAGAUUUGAAUUUAAUCAGGCUUUGGGAAGACCAGAGAAGAUACAUAACAAGUUAGAAUUUCCUUCAGUUUUAUAUUUGGACAGAUACAUGCACAAAAAUAGAGAAAUAACAAGAAUUAAACGGGAUGAGAUCAAGAGGCUUAAAGAAUAUCUUACAGUUCUACAGCAGAGAUUAGAACGAUAUUUAAGCUAUGGUUCUGGUCCUAAACGAUUCCCCUUGGUAGAUGUCCUGCAGUACGCAUUGGAAUUUGCAUCCAGUAAACCUGUUUGCACUUCACCGGUUGAUGAUAUUGAUGCUAGUGCUCCCUCUAGUGGUACUAUAACAACACAGACAAUACCAAGCACAACAGAGCAACAGGGGCCUUCAUCUUCAGAUAUACCAAGCACAUCUCCCAUACAAAGAUCAGUAAUACACAAGCCAUUCACACAGUCCAGGAUUCCUCCUGACCUGCCAAUGCAUCCAGCGCCAAGGCAUAUAACUGAAGAAGAGCUUUCAGUGCUAGAAGGCUGUUUACAUCGCUGGAGGACUGAAGUAGAAAAUGACACUAGAGACUUGCAGGAAAGCAUAUCUAGAAUACAUCGGACAAUUGAAUUGAUGUACUCUGACAAAUCAAUGGUCCAAGUUCCUUAUCGGUUACAUGCUGUGCUUGUUCAUGAAGGCCAGGCUAAUGCAGGACACUACUGGGCAUACAUUUAUGACCACCACCAGAGGCGAUGGAUGAAAUACAAUGAUAUUUCUGUGACAAAGUCAACUUGGGAAGAGCUGGAACGUGACUCUUUUGGUGGCUACAGAAAUGCCAGCGCAUACUGUUUAAUGUAUAUUAAUGAUAAGGAACAAUACUUGAUGCAAGAGGAAUUUAACAAGGAAACUGGUCAGAUGCUUGUUGGAAUGGAUACACUGCCGCCUGACUUAAGGGAGUAUGUCAAGGAAGACAAUAAGCGCUUUGAAAAAGAAAUAGAAGAAUGGGAUGCAGAGCUUGCUCAGAAAGCACAGCAAGAAAAGUUAAUAUCCCAGACCCCUAGGGUUCCUGCAGCCACUACUGCUCCAGUUCAAGCAGGUGAUCCAGAAUAUCUAGAACAGCCAUCAAGGACUGAUCUCUCAAAACAUUUGAAAGAAGAAUCUGUACAAGCAAUUACUAAAGCAUUAGCUGAACAAGAAGAAAGAAGUCCUGAAGCUAUCAUGCAAGCGAACUCUGAUAACGCCCCAGCUCAACCAGCUCCUAACCAGCGAGUUGUAGAGGUGGCGAUUCCUGAUAUAGGGACUUUUGUGAUUGAGUCAGAGGAGGGGGGUUAUGACGAUGAGGUCAUGCUGACCCCGAACAUGCAAGGUAUUAUCAUGGCUAUAGGUAAAGCCAGGAAUGUUUAUGACAGGUGUGGGCCAGAAGCAGGGUUCUUUAAGGCAAUUAAAUUGGAAUAUGCCCGGCUACUAAAAAUGGCACAGGAAGAUACACCACGUGAACAUGAUUACCGUUUGAAUCAUGCAAUAGUCUACUUUAUCCAGAACCAAGCGCCAAAGAAAAUAAUUGAGAGAUCAUUACUGGAACAGUUUGCAGAUCACAAUUUGAGCUUUGAUGACAGGUGCCGUAACAUAAUGAAAGUGGCUCAAGCUAAACUUGAAAUGAUAAAACCUGAUGAAAUAAACAUGGAAGAGUAUGAGAGGUGGCAUCAAGAAUAUAAAAAAUUCAGAGAAACAACCAUGUAUCUUCUGGUAGGAUUGGAGCUUUUUCAAAAAAAGAGAAGAGAUGGGGUAGCAUUACAGAACCCUGUAGUACCCUUGAGGAGAGAGCCUUCAGGAAAGAGAAACCAUUACCCUAAAUUACCUGUUCCUCACAUAUGAUCAAGGUGGGCACUUCAGAGAGCUAAUAAAUCAGUUGAAUAUUAUGUUGUUCUGAUUGUUUCAGAACUGAACCAUUAUAUUUGUAUGCCUCUGCAUAUUCACUGGGUCCCUGAUCUUGCAAACAUGGAAAAAAAAUGUUGAGGUUACAUGGCUCCCUCUACACAUGUAGGCAUGAUGGGAUCUAAUGCUCGAUUCACAUCUUGCCUCCUGCCAUGCCACAUGUGCAUUAGAUCCCAUUCCACCUUAUUGCUGAUGCAGGUUAGGAGCCCAAAGCACCCCAUUUGAGGGGCUUCCAGCUGCGGGGGUGCCCUACACACCCCCAUGGUGGUAGGAUUGCAGUCCUCCUGCCUCAGGGCUGUGUGAAAUUCCCAGGACAGGAGGAUUGCUCAUGGGGCAGACGGAGGAAUUGCUUUUCAGCUAUCCUCUGGCCCUAGAGGUUUGCCAAGAGAAAAGCUACAGGAUCCUAGCACCCACAGCUGUGGGACUUCAGCUCCUAGCAGCUGUAGGGUGCUGCCACGGCCCAGAGUCUGAAGCGGCUAUGGCUGAGUGUCCUGAGCAGUUGUGAAACUCACAGCCCUGGCUGGGCAAGGUACACCUCUGCAGCUGGAAGCACUGUUAGCUAAUGGGGAGCCUAGCUCCUGGGGAGACCCUCAUACACGUGCAAUUUAAAGCUCAGUAGCAGCCAGCUAUAAAGUUAAUGCAUGUUUUGCGGCCUAACUUUAUAGCUGGUUGGAGCUUUUUUAUGUGACAGUUACUUUGCUUGUGCAGCUGGUCUCAAGGUAAUUGUGUAAUUAACCAGUUAAUUUUGCAAUACUUGUAACAUUUAGAGGGGCCUAUAAGUCACAGUAUGGUCCUGUGGGUAGGGUAACUAGCUGGAGAGUCACGAAACAUUGGCCAUCUUGCUAGCUCUGCUGCUUACCUCUCUGUGACACCUUGGGCAAAUAACUGUACCUUCUGAGUCCCCUCUUUGCUUUGUAAAUUUAAAAUGCAGAAUUCACAGGGACACUAAUCUCGGUUGGCUCUCUGGACACUUAUUUGUACUCCAUAAUAAAAGUUAAUGUGGUCUAAUUUGCCACUUUUCAGUAUUUAUUAAUUUUAAACAACUAACAUGGUUUUUCAGAAGGCUGACGUUUUUUAAUUAGGGGUGGGGGCAACUUUUGUGGCCUUUCUUCCAAACUUUUAAAUAUAUUAAAGAUGUUCUGAACACCAGUCUAAUAUAUAGGACUAUCUUUUGCCCUUUGUCUUCUGUGUUUAAAAUAUGUAGAAGAGCAACUUCUGAUUGCUGAAUGCAUUUGGUUAUUGAGACACUAGGUUGUCAAGUUAUAUUUUGUAUGAGCAAAGCAAUCACUUAAUAUGCUUUUCCCCUUCAUCUGUUCCAUGUGGAGAAACCCCACUGCUCUACAUGUCACCAAUUCUUUUCAUAUGGUCUCCAAAUAAUUUACAUCCAGUUAUGUACUAAACAUGAGCCCAUUAUUCCCUUAAAAAUCUCCAGAAAACAAGCCACUACAAAUCAGUAGUUGACAAAAAAUGAAGAAAGUGUUACCAUCCAAUGAUUAAUUUAAUGUUAAAGGAGGUAUGGUAUUCUAUCCUGUAACAUUCCCUGAAUGAUCUCCUGCACCUAACAUUUGACUAACCAUUUAAGCAGUAGUUACCCACAUAUCAAAAGUUUACAUGCAUUAACAGGAUGGGCUUUUAUUGUUUCCACUGAAUAAUCCAAAGGCAUCAGUGUGUGUGUGUGUGUGUGUGUGUGUGUAAGAGUAUUCUGUAGAGGGCAGUUCUGCUUUCUGAAAGCAGUGUUAAUUUGAAAAGCUAUUCAGGUAAAAAAAAUAAAAUAAUAGUCCUUCCAUACUUAAUUUCUUAUUCAAGAAAAUAGUUCCAGUGUUUCAUAAAACUGCAGUUGUUUACUUCCAUAUAAAUAAGAAGGUGCUUUCAUCAGUAGGAUUUUGUCAACGUUUUUGGCUUUAUUUUGAAGUUGGCUUUCUAAUUGUAAUAUUAGUAACAGAUAGCAACUGAGGAGCAAUGAGCAAAACAUACCCAGUAGCAUAACUAGAGUGGGGAGAGACAGGCACCAGCCCUAAGUGACAACUUAUGGGGGGCACCAGUAUGUUCCCUUUCCCCCAGGAUCUUUAUCAUGACAGGGCAGAGGAGCCAGAUGGGCAUGACCCCACACCCAGUAGUAUAUCUGGAGGCAUAGCAUAAUGUCCCCUGUCCCCCCCCCCCGAAGCUUUGCCAUAGGAAGCACAGCCCUCCACCUGGGGGGAGAGGGAAGAGUAAAAAGGACACUAGGAGUGCCCCCUUCUUGGAACUUGUGCUCCUGCCUGUUCUCCAGUGGCAGCCACUCAAGCCCAUGCCACUGCAAAAGCAGCUGAGGCAGUAGCUGCUGCCUUUUUCCCUGGCAUGGCAGUGUGUGCUCCUGCUGUAGUGAGGAGAGCCAGACGGGUAAGACUCCUCUCCUCUUCCCCUCCCUUUCUCCCCCUCGUCUCUUCUCCCUGGUGCUGAAAGAACUGGUUACACCUCUGAAUAUUCCAGUCUUGAGCUGAGUAGACCAUGAUUUUUAACUUGUCUUGCUUAAGACCUAGGCAUAUACUGUGUGACAAAAUGUCUGGUCAUUGAGUUUGGAUGUAACAGCGUUUGAGAGCCCUAGUUUGAAGCUUUUGGGCUUGAUGUGUUUGGAGAAAAAGAAAAUAGGAAGUAUUUAACGCUCAAAGAAAGAAUCAGACUGUGUGAUUUGAGCCAGGAAUCAGUUGCCUACUUCUUCAGGUAUGAUCUGUUUCAUGGUGCCAGGUAUAAUCAUCCCACUUAUCCAAAAAAGAAAAAAAUUAAGCCUUAAGUAUUAACUCACAGAAUAAUUGUAUCACAUGAAUGUCAACUCUGCCCCGAACAUGAGCUCUUUUCCCACUAUUCUUUAGUGCCAUGACUUGUUUCCAAGUUUUAUUCUGUCUUUUUUGUCAGUGAUCUUUACACAUUCUCAUUAAUGGACCAAAGGUAUCCCAUUCACUGUAGCUUUGGAAAUUUCUGUACUGGUGCCUAUGCAGGCUGUAGAGUUAUCCCCUGAUAGGGCCAAAUGUCUUUCUUGGGGGACUGUCUAACAGAGAGGUUCACAUGUAGUCUCUAAGAAGUCCAAAAGGCUAUGUUAUUGUAUAUAAGAUUGAGCUUUAAAUUCAUUAUUAGCCUUAGCAGCAGUAAAAAGAAAAAAAAACACAGAAGAAAGAAAAGGAUCCAAGAUUUCUGCCCUGGAACAGUGAUAUCAAGAAAAAUGAACAUUUUAAUUAACUCUCACUUCAACUGAGAUUACCCUUUCAGUCCUAUCAAAUCAUCAUGGUGUGGUACUGACUCAGUUGUGGAGACAUCAUUGCUUUUAUUUUGGAGCUCAUCCACUAAUAUAAUAAAGUGGCUGAAAAUGUUUUUCCUAAUUCUCGUCUGCGCCAAUCAUUCUCCAAGGAUCCCUGGAAACAUUUUAAGUUUCUUCUCUAAUUUGAUCUGUGGGUACUUGUUCUUUUUCAAAGGAUGGUCUUUUCUGCCUACAUAAACCCAUUUAGCUUCCUGAAAAUGAGACCCCUUCAACAUUGUGUGCUUGAAGCAGCUCAUUUUGGAAGAAUCCAGAUUCAGUAUGUUGAAUAUAGGUUUUGUUCUGUCCCUUAGCCCCACAGAUGUUUCCAGCAGGCUGCCUUGGACUUGAGUCCCACAGUUACAAGAGUGAGGGAGAGGCUACAUUCUGAAAUGUAGAGCUGUUCCAUAAUACAUGAAAUCUUUUCUGUAUCUGUGUAAGGUCAGUUGGUUCAAGUUCUUAGUUCUUACUAUAGAACUAGAUUAGCAUGCUGCCUGAACAAACAGGACAGUGUACAGUCUCACUUUGGGUAUGGGUAUACUACCUUCAACCAUCUAAGAGAUGCUGACAAUAAAACAACCCGCUUCUGCUCUGUGCACUCCAAAAGUUGAAAAACAGUAAACGUAUGUAAGCACUGUUAGAACGGCACACACCACUGAACACAUCUGAGGCUGUGAACCCAAGAGCACUGCUGAGUCCACACUGGUCUUGUGCAAACAGCAGCUACAUUAUAUUUUUUUUGGCUUUUGGUGCACGUUGUGGGAAUGAGAUGGUGGGCACAUUCUCAACAUAAUUGGCCUCUCUGGACAGCCACAGCCAGUGGCAGAUCAUUUCUACAGAUGGUGGGAUUACCCAGCAAAAGUUCUGAUGAACAUAAUGAUAGAAGAACAAACACUAUGCCUUACCAGAAGGGAGGGGACAGGAACUACCGCAGAUAUGUUUCUUUUGAACAAGGGCAAGAACUCUUGCGUAUCUUUCUUACUGGCAUGUAAGGGCCUGAAAUUAUCCAGAAAAGCCUUCAAGAAAGAGCAUAGGUCAUAGUAAUUGUUCUAGCUCCAGUUAAACAGCACAAAGCUCCUGACAGUAUUUACAGAACCCCUGUAUUAUCUGCUGUAUUUGCAGGGUUUUCUAUCCUAUGAGAGUUUCCUCUAAUACUUACAGACAGUUUCUCAAUAUGUGGCAGUUGGACUGUAAACUCUGACUGCAGGAGAUAAGUCAUGUUUCCCUUGUAAAUAUCUAUUGGAAAUUUAGGAGAUCCCCAAAUUUUUUAAAAUUAUGUAUAAAAAUAAAAGAUACUUCUCUUUUAUGGGGUGUGAACAUUGAUCUCUGUAACCACUUGUUUCUCAUCUCCACAAUUUGGGUUAUGUGCUGCACAGUUUGAGUUAUGUGCUGCAUUUAGAAUCCUUUGAACUGUUUCUCUCAUUAAAAUAAGUUAAUUGACUAAGCCUGUCAUGAUCAGAUGGAUCUUUGGUUUCCAUUUUUGAUUUGGUUGAUCAGGCUGCACUUGCAAACUAAGGAAUCUUCUCCAUCUGGUGUUGGAAUCUAGUGCUACAGAAACAGCCGAAGUAUUUGUUAAAAUUUAGAAGCGGUUCAUUUAGAAAGAAGUCACUAAAAAAGCUAUCUAAACAGGAAAUGAGCUACUUUCUUUAAUAACUGCUUUAGAGGUUUUUCAUAUUGAGACCUGAUGAAUUCCUUGCAUUUGAAAAUGUCUACUUUUAUUCCAGCCAUGUAGUUGGUCUACUAAAAGAUAUCACCCACAAAAAUCCUUGCCUCUUACAGCUUUCUAGAAAGACUGUACGGUUUUCUGACCUCCAUGAAGCAGCGUUAAAGUUUCACUUUAAACAGUCCUUUGUUUCUUUUACCCUUUCCAAAACUCAGUAGUAGUAAGGUACUUAACAAAAGCAGGAGCCCUAUUGCCUUUAGUGGCUCUAUUCAUAUUACUAAAAAUUAAGCUUAUACUUAGUAGUUUCCUAGAUUAUGCACUUUACUCAUUAAGUUGUCACUUAACUGGAGUCCGAUCUUUUAGCACUACUUUUAUGGUACAUAGGGAUCCUGAGGGGGGGGAACACCAUCUCAUCUCAUUAUAAAUCAAAACAAAAAUGUAUCGAUACAUGUUAUGUCUUUAGCUAAAGUCUCACUUCCUUGGAGUUUUAAGCCAGGUUCUUUCAGGGCUGAGGUACUGUGUGUGUUAGUUGUUUGUUGACAUGUAUGGAGCUGCUCCAUGACAUGACUGUUUGGAUGCCAGCGUGUUGGUCAAAUGUCCAAUUUGAAAGAAUAACAGGCCAGUCAUUAUAUCUGAGAGUUCUGCUCACCUACUGAACUGUAUUUCUUGCCAAUUUCUCAUGAGUUUGAAUAUGCCAAAGCUACAUGUGAAGAGGGAGGAUACUUACUAGGAGCUGCCAUUCCUUGAGAUAGUUGACUCUGUAUGCAUGCUCAUAUUUGCCUUUCUUUUUCCCCUCAGUUCUCUGCAUGUGUCCUUGGAGUUUAAAGAUUCAGGAGGGAGAAUAAAGAAUACUGACUGCACUUCCAUUAUGUUAUGUAACUUCAGGCAAUAAGGUGUAGUGCCAGAAAAGGGCACAAAGUUGUACAAAAUGAGUGGCUUUCCAGUAGGUUGUAAAACUGCUGCUUUGAGAGAGGUCUUAUGUCAUCAAUGAGGGAGUUGCCUCUGCUUAUUCACUAAGAAAUGCCAGUACUAAAAGUAACUUCUUCCAAAUUUGCUUCCUAUUCCAUAUGGAACUGCUUUGAUCAGUCUGCAAGUUGCUCUAUUAUGGAAAGCAUUGGUAUAUUUUGUGUGUGAUUUUACAAAAACUAUAUAUUAUUUCCAUGUGCAUAUAAUAAUGAAAUUACAGAAAAUAGCCAAAGGGGACCCAACAGCUGACUGCAACUAGCAGCAUAUGCUAGUAAGAGGUAGUGAUGCUUUCCUGCUCAUAAAGUAGGGCUACUACUAUCUCAUUUAGUUGAAGCUUUCACCCUAAACUGUUCUCUCAUUAGAAAAAUACAGUUUUUCAUUCAACUAAAGUUUAAAGGUACCUUGAAAAAGUAUAAUCUCUUUCAGUUCUUCUAAAUCAGGUUAUAACAAGAUUUUCUAAUGUGUUUGCUGGAAGUCAGAGAUGUAACACUGGCCAAUGCAGUUAGAUAACUAUUAUCAAACAUUUUUUAUUGUGAGGUUCCUUAUUAUACAUUUUCCAAUAUUGAGUGAGUGUGUCUAUGCUGUAGUUGCAUUUUAGCCAAAACUCAGUGUUGGAAUUAAACUGACACUACAGAUACCUGUUCUGUGGGGAGUGGGGCAUAGGGGAGGGGCAGUGGUGGGCCUAUCAAUAAUACAUUUGUGAAUUGUUCCACCAGUCUAAAUUUUAGUGAUAAUGUGGGAAGACUGAAGACAAAAAGAUGGUAUAUGCAGUGUUUCCUUCUGGGAAAUUGCACUUGAGAAAUGAAAUGUUUUCUACCUAGUAUACAAAGGUGUAAAUGGAUCCUAUGUGCUACUGAUGUGUAGGGAAAAAGAAGCGAACAAUCCAAUGCAAGUCAACAAAAGCCUUGUGCUGCUUACAGUAGACUUUGGAGUAGACCAUAUAAAAGUUAACAAUCUGGCUUGCUGUUGAAAUAAGUUGCAUCAGUAUGCACAGAACCAAGAACUGCUUUAGUAUUAGAUGGAACAAUCUUUCGGUUUUGAAUUCUCUUUCUUUGUACUUCCUGUAUUGUAUGCAGCAAAACAAACAAAGGAAAGGCACCUUUUCUGUAAUGCAUUGGCAACUGGAAGCAAAUGAAAUUUGGACAUUAAAUCAGCUCUUUUGUUUCUUAUUUUGG